AAAUUAUCUAUGGCAAAGCUUAGGCUAUGCGUGUUGUUGUUGGUCUGUGUAGUGGGUUUGGCCUCUGGUCAAAGUGCUAACGAUGUGUGGGCUACAUAUAAUUUAUAUGAACCUGAGCAGCAUAACUGGGACUUACUCGCGGUGAGUGCAUUUUGCGCCACUUGGGAUGCUAACAUGCCCUUCUCAUGGCGUAGCAAAUAUGAUUGGACAGCUUUCUGUGGACCUGUCGGCCCUCAAGGCCAAGCUGCAUGUGGCAAGUGCUUGAUGGUGACAAACACUCGAACGGGAGAUCAGCAAAUAGUGAGAAUUGUGGAUCAGUGCAGCAAUGGGGGCUUGGAUUUGGACAUUGGUGUGUUCCAAAGCCUCGACUCGGACGGAAAUGGGAAUGCUCAAGGCCAUCUUAUCGUCGAUUAUGACUUUGUUGACUGCGGUGACUAA